GUAUGAUUCCAUUGAAGCAGAUUUCCAGGGACAGAGAUUCUGCUUAGGAUCUACUCAGUGAUGGAGCUGCCAUUGAGCAGAUCUCACUUCUCAGGUGCACUCUUGCUGCUGGUAGUGUCAAACUUUCUGCUAUGGGAGAAAGCUGCAUCAAUUCUUCCAUGUCAGGCGGAAGAGGGAGGCUGCUGGAACCCACUUGAGGAAGCAUUUAACAGUGCCAUGCAGCGAGCUGAAACCCUUCGUAAUCUUGCUGACCAAUUUUACAAAGAGCUUUAUCGCAACAAAUUCUCAUCUGGACAAUUUUUGGCUCUUAACUCAAAACUGAUUAGGCGGGACAAGACUGUUGUCAGAGCUGGAACUUACUGCCAUUCUACUCUCUCAAAUCCCCCAGAUAGGGGAACUGAGCAUGCAGAUAUUGAAACUGAAAAUUAUUUAAAAACACUGAUCAAUUAUGUGGGUUCCUGGAUUAGCCCUCUAUACCAUCUAGUGAUUGAACUGAGUACCAUGCAAGAUGUCCCUGAAACAAUCCUCUCAAAAGCCACAGAGAUUGAAGAGAACAAGAGAGAACUCCUCGAUGACCUUAGGUGGAUAUUCAACAAGGUCUAUCCUACAGCAGAGAUAAAAGAAGAAUUUUCCAGUUGGGAACAUCUUUCAUUCUUAAAAUCAAUUGGCAAAAAUCAUAAAUUUUUGGCAAUGUUUAACCUUUCCAACUGCAUAUACAAAGAAACAUACUACAUUUUAUUUUAUCUCAGAACAUUGAGGUGCCGUAUAACUGGGAAAGAUUGCUAAGUGCACAUCUACCCUGUCUAUUUUUUAAAUGUUCCACAACAAUCCAUUGCUGAGAAGUUACUUUUAAUUGUAUAUCUUUUGGAUGCAAAUGUGGGUAUAAUGGGUCUCUUAAAAAAUAAAGGCAUUAUCUUUAGAAAUAUCUAAAUCUAAAAA